UAGUAAUCAUUAAAUGGUAAUAAAUGACACAUGGUGUCAGCUUAAUCCCAUUUGACUAAUUAACUAUUACAAUAAAAUAACACCAAAAAAGAAAUAAUAAAAAAAGUCCAAAUAAAGUAGGUUCCCAAGAAGAAAGACCAUUGCUUUUCUCAACAAAUAAUGUCAAUUCUUGCCCUACUCAAAUAAAGUAAUAAUAUUUCAAAUAUAUAUACAUACAUACAUAUAUAAUGGUGGUGUGUGUCAGAUCUAUAAAUCUAAUAUUAUUGUGUCGGUUGUUUUCUUUACUAAAGUACAGAGUUGAAAGAAGAGAGAGUUGAGUUUGAAGCUAUGGUAUUUUGUACUCUGUUUUUUGCAAGAUUAUCAGCUUUUAUAGUUGCAAUUCUUGUACUCAUAUGGGCUCUUCAUUUCAAGACUAGCUUUAUUUCUCAAGAGGAAGAUGACCUCAUCUUUGCUGUGUUGCAUCCUUUGCUAAUGGUGAUUGGUUUCAUUGUUGUUAGUGGAGAAGCAAUUUUAGUGCACAAAUGGUUGCCUGGAUCAAGAAAUUUGAAGAAACUAGUGCACCUUUGUCUCCAAGGUUUGGCUUUGGGCUGUGGCAUUUUCGGUAUUUGGACAAAGUUCCAAGGUCAAAAUGGGGUUGUGGCUAAUUUCUACAGUUUGCAUUCUUGGAUGGGUCUCAUCUGUGUUACAAUGUUUGGUGCUCAGUGGGUAUUUGGGUUUGUGAGCUUUUGGCACAAAGUGGAGGUACGAACGACGAGGCUGAAGGUACUACCUUGGCAUAUCUUCCUUGGAUUGUACACUUACGGCCUGGCGAUAGUAACAGCCGAGACGGGGCUUCUUGAGAAGCUCACUUUCUUGCAGACCGAAGGUAAUGUAUUGAAACGUUGCCCGGAAUCAGCCGUUGUGAAUGGUUUAGGGCUUUGUUUGGUUGUGUUGAGCAGUGCUGUUAUAGUAGCGGCAAUUUCCCAGAAACAACAAACUUCAAAUUCUAAGAUCGUAUUUUCGGACAGCAGUUACUCUUCUUACUAAUAAAAAUACUGUCACAUUUGUACAUAUAUCCGGUUUUGAUUUUUUUUUUUUUUUGCAUUCUGCGUGAACGGAUGUAUUUUGGGAGUGGAUACACGUUGAAAAAGAAGAUGGUCGAUGAAUUUUUGAUACAUUUAUACAUAAUAAAUGAUUUUGUGAA